UGUUCUUUCAGGUGGAGAACUCUCCUGAUCUUUCUUGUGUUUGACUUGAGCUUAUUUGCACAGUCAAGUUCAGCUCUGUUGACAUUAACAACAGUCUCUCACAUUUCUCAGAUUACAACCUGUUUUACACUGAAUCUUUACCACCGACACUGUAAAUUGAAACAUAAACUUUCCUGAAUCACAAAGAUUCUUCCAAAGAACAUUUUGGGAGGAAUCCAGUCGAUUGAGUCUUCCAGUUCUGCAGGUUUUCAAGGUUUUUGUGCGUGUCCAGGUUACACCCAUGAGCGGAUAUCUGAUCUGAUCCGAUCGGAGCCAUUGAGAUCUUCUAUUUGGUUUGAGACGUUCUGUUCUGAGACGUUUUUGCAUCCGACGCAUCUGAGAACUACAGCGUAUGGAAAACAGGAGCGGUUUAUUCCUCGUAAGCCUUUUAAAACAUUGAGUUUUCAUCCUGCGCUAUAUUGAGUUCAAUAAGAUCCAGCAUCUAUAAAAGAGCUGAAACUCAACCUCAGACUGAGAUUUAUACACACUUCAGCAGACUUCCUAACUUCCUUCACUGAUAAGUUCUGCGAUGGAGAAAGAGUCAAACUCCCAGGAUCUGUCUCCUCUGAUGACUGAAGGCAUGUGGUGGGGAACGCUGGGAUCAGUUCGGCCCUUCCCGAAUUUCCGUCCCGAGAGAGAUGUUACCAUCCUUCAAGCUGCUCUGGAGAAGAAAGAUGUGAGCACCAUUGUGAGAAUAAUAACCAAUCGCAGUAAUGCUCAAAGACAAUCUCUGGCACGCGUCUACAAGAAGGCCUCACAAAUGGAACUCCAGGCGAGUCUGAAGAAGGUUCUUUCCGGGGAUCUGCAGUCUCUGAUACUCAGUUUGAUGAUGAUCCCGGAGCUAUUUGAUGCCCAUCGCUUGCGCAAAGCCAUGGAGGGUGCUGGUACGGAUGAAGAAACUCUUCUAGAGGUGUUGUGCACCAGGACGCCACUGCAGCUCGCCAACAUCAAGACUACAUACAGUCAAGAGUUCAAGCGGGAUUUGGAGAAAGACUUGAUCAGUGAAUCCAGUGGGGAUUUUUCCAAGAUCAUCGUGGCAUUGUUGAAGAAAGAGAAUGGGCCAGGAGUGAUUGAGCAGGACACAGCAACUUUAUCUGAGGAGCUGAAAAACAAGAAACCUUCAGCUGAUGUUUGGAUCCAAAUCCUCACCACGAGAAGCCCGGAUCAUCUGCGAAUCGUGCUGGAAGAGCUGGAGCUGGAGAGAGGACAGACACUGGAAGACACUUUAGAUGGACGCUUUAAAGGACUUCAGUCUGGAGAUCUGAGGAAAGGCCUGAAAACACUCGUUCGAUCUUUACAGAACCAGCAUCUGUUCCUGGCUCAACGGAUCCAAACCAUGAAAGCCUCAGUGGUUCAGGGUGUGAUGGUGUCUCACAGUGAAGAGGAUCUGCUGAGAAUUCGAGUCGCUUUCCUUCAGUCGACGGGAGCUUCACUGUACACUGCCUUACAGAAGCAGUUUAAGGCUGAUCUCCUGCAGGGUCUGUUGUGUGUGUGUCGAGCUGAGGAUUAGCAGAUGAGGAAACAGUCACACACUGUUUCGUAAAUAAAUAAAUAAAUAAAUA